AUGGCGGAAUCUCCAGGCGGGAUGGACGAGAGGAGUGCAGAUCGGUUGCGGUACCCAGGCAGGAAGCGCGUGCUGGGGUUCGUCGGGGUGCAGACCGGUUUCGGCAGCGGCAAGAGGCGCGCGCUGCUUCGCGAGACGUGGUUCCCCGCCACGCCCGAGGAGCACGCGCGGGUGGAAGCAGAGACGGGGCUGGUGUUCCGGUUCAUUAUUGGGCACAGCACGAGCGAGGAGGACGAGCAGCUGCUGCAGGCGGAGAACAGCACUCACGGGGACUUGCUUCGCAUUGACGUGGACGAGGCAGACUUCAAUGCCAUCCACAAGACUCUCGUGUACUUCACUACUGUCUUCAAGCUCUAUGAAGCUGAGUUCUUCAUCAAGGCAAACGACGACAUCUUCUUGGUACCAGACCGCCUCUCCUCUCUGAUCGCCAGGCCAAGGAAGUCACCUCGAACCUACCUUGGUUGCUUGAAGAAGGGAGCUGUGUUCACUAAUCCCAAGAUGAAGUGGUUUGAGCCCAAGUCAUGGCUGGUGGGGUCGGAGUAUUUCCUUCAUGCCUACGGCCCCAUUUACUCCCUCUCCUACGACGUCGUCAACAUUCUCAACUCCAUCCCCAAGGGCAGUGCCAUCUACUCCCUCUCCUAUGACGUCGUCAACAUUCUCAACUCCAUCCCCAAGGGCAGGUGA